ACCGUGACCCCGGUGGAGUCCGGGGGCGACCUCAAGGCCCCGGGGGAGUCCCUGCGGCUCCUCUGCCGCACCUCCGGCUUCACCUUCGGCGACUACGGAAUGGGCUGGAUGCGCCAGAGCCCCGGGAAGGGGCUGGAAUACGUCGCCAGUAUCAGCAGCACUGGUGGCACCACCAGAUACGCGCCGGCGGUGAAGGGCCGGUUCACCAUCGCCAGGGACGACGGGCAGGGCACGGUGACGCUGCAGAUGAACGACCUCAAGGAGGAGGAUUCCGCCACCUAUUUCUGUGCCAAAAGUGCUGAUAGCGGUGCUAGCUUGGCUGAUGAUAUCGACCCCCUUGUUGGGGUCCCCACCUGUCCCCAAAGCCCAGACCCUCCCCCCCAAACCUCCACCCUUCGCACCCAGCUCUCCGUCGUUGGUCCCGACCUUGGGUGGGUCUUGACCUUCGCCAGCUACGGAAUGGGCUGGAUGCGCCAGAGCCCCGGGAAGGGGUUGGAAUACGUCGCUGGGAUCACCAACACUGGUGAUGCCACCGACUACGCGCCAUCGGUGAAGGGUCGGUUCACCAUCGCCAGGGACAACGGGCAGGGCACGGUGACGCUGCAGAUGAACGACCUCAAGGAGGAGGAUUCCGCCACCUAUUUCU